UAAGAAUGUAAUCUCACUUGGGCUUUUACCUCUUUGACCGUUGACGCUUGUAGAAAACCCAGAAGUUUCCCACCUGAAAUCCCUAAUUCCUAAUUUCUCAGCUUCUCCAAUCUCUCUCUGUGUGUGCGCUUUGAGGAUCGAUAUGGCGGCGGAGCCCCAGGCGGUGACGGAGGUCGCGAAGAUGGAUCUAUUCGAAGACGACGACGAGUUCGAAGAGUUUGAUAUCAACGAAGAAUGGGAGGACAAAGAGGAAGGCAAGGAAGUGACACAGCAGUGGGAAGACGACUGGGAUGAUGAUGAUGUUAACGAUGACUUCUCUCUGCAGCUGAGGAGGGAACUUGAGAACAAUACUGAGAAGAGCUCAGCUUAGUCUGCAGACUACGUCGGUAGUUUUCUUUGUUUUGUGAACUUGAGAUGGGUUUUCUUGUUAUCUUUCGUUUCAAAACACUAGCUUUUACCUUUCCAAUGAACUUUUUUUUUAUAAAGCCUCAAGAUUUAGUGGUUUGAGCUGAGUUUUAGUUUUGCUUCGAAUCACAAAGGUUAAGCUUGUAUCUGUGAAUGUGAAAUCUUGAGAGCACAUUACAUUGUGUGUUUUCCUAGAGGUACGCGUAAAUAUCCGAAUUUUGUAAGCUAACAUGUUAGUAGAUGA